GUUUGCCUGGCAACGGUGUGCACGGCGCAAGGUUCCUAAAAUCUGAACAUGGCGGGGGAAGAAAAGACAAUUAUUAGAAACAAACGUGUUUUUCUAAAUCACCUGGACAGCUACACAUGCCGAAAUAUUGCCCUGUAUCUGUCAAAUUGUGUGGUUGGAGCAUCACUUGAAGAUGCUGGAGGGGAAGAAGAGGAAGGAGAAGGUGAAGAAAGUGACAAACAAAAUGACGUUAGUUCUGCUAAACCAAAGGAAGGCACUUUUCAAAUUGUAGGAACACUUGCUAAAUCAGAUAGUGUAAAACCUGACUUUGCACUUGAAACUUAUAUGGUAUCUCGACGAGAGGAGCUUAUGGAUCGCCUCCUUGAGUGUGAUAUCAUCAUUUACAACAUCACCGACAGUGAACAGCAACUUGAGGAAGCCACUUGGGCUGUUUCAGCCAUGCAUGCUGAAAUUGAGAGAUUUGAAAACCCAAAGAUGUUUAUUUUACUUUCUACAGUAAUGACAUGGGCUCGGAGCAAGCCUGUUGAUCCAGAUGAUCCAGAUAUUCCAUUUACUGAAGAUGACUACAGGAGAAGAAGACCACAUCCCAAUUUUAAAGAGCACAUUAGUACUGAAAAACUUGUCAUCAAGCUUGGAAAAAUUAAUAAAAGUAAACUAACUACAUAUGUCAUUGCCUCAGGCAUACAGUAUGGAAUGGAGGAAGAUAUGUUGCAUUUAUUCUUUAAGAUGGCUUGGCAUGGAGAGGUUCCUGCACUACCCGUAUUUGGAGAUGGAACAAAUUUUAUUCCAAUGAUUCACAUAUUUGAUUUAGCUGCAGUAGUGCAAAACGUAGUUGAUCAUAAACCAAAGACACAUUAUCUGGUAGCAGUAGAUGAUUCUAAACACCUUCUAAGAGAAGUGGUUAAGUGCAUUAGUUCAAAACUUGGAACAGGAAAGGUUCAACGGGAGUCAAAAGAAAAUGCUUUGCUUAAGAAAGAGUUAACGCAAAAUCACAUUGACCAUUUACUGGUGAACUUGCAAAUGGAGGCUGUUUAUAUAAAGGAGAACUUCAACAUUCGCUGGAUGGCUGAUACUGGCUUUGUGGAGAACGUAGAAAAGGUUAUUAAAGAAUAUAAACACAGUAGAAGAUUAUUGCCAGUCAAAAUAUGCAUUCUUGGACCACCUGCUGUAGGAAAAAGUACUGUAGUGGAAAAACUCUGCAAGCAUUACAAACUGCAUCACAUUAAAAUAAUGGAUGUCAUCAAUGAAGCAAUUGCAAAGCUGGAGAGGCUUGUUAAAGCAAAAGAGCAAGCAGCAGGAAAUGAAGAAGAAGAGGAAGGGGAAGAGGAGGAAGAAGAAGAUGGUUCUUCUGAUGCUGCUGAAGUGCUGGAAUCUGUGAAAGAAAACAUGGAACAGAAUGGAGGUCGUCUUGAUGAUCAAUAUCUAAUAAAGUUUGUAAGAGAAAAGCUGAAGUCUAUGCCCUGUCAGAACCAAGGCUACAUUUUAGAUGGAUUUCCAAAGAUGUAUGAGCAAGGCAAAGAACUGUUUCUAAGUGAAGAAGAAGAGGAGGAAGAAGAAUCCAGAAGCAAUGCAAUUCAGUGCGAUAAAGCAAUUAUUCCUGAGUACGUUAUUGCCCUUGAUGCACCUGAUGACUUCCUUAAGAAUCGUGUAAUGAAUCUUCCAGAAAGUGUUGUAGCUGGGACUCACUACACUCAGGAUCGAUUCAUUCGCAGACUGAAUCUCUUCAGAGACAUAAACACAGAAGAUGAGACCGUACUCAAUUAUUUUGAUGAGCUUGAAAUCCACCCACAGCACAUUGAUGUUACUAAAGACAAUGACCCAGAGUAUACAACUGUGAUAGAUGAGAUAGUAAAAUGCAUUGGAAAACCUAGAAACUAUGGACUUACACCCGAAGAGAAGGCUGAGUUGGAAUUCAAAGCAACAGAGGAAAAGCUGAGGCGUGAGUUUGCGAAGAAAGCUGAAAUGGAGCAGAAGGAGGCACUAGAAGCAGCUGAAAGAGCAGCGCACUGGGAAGAAUGGAACAAACGUCUGGAAGAGGUGAAGAAGCAAGAAGUGGAAUUACUUGAAGCUCACUCAGUUCCGUUAAGAAAUUAUUUAAUGAAGAAUGUCAUGCCAACUCUCACACACGGGCUGAUUGAGUGCUGCAAAGUCAGGCCAGAUGACCCAGUGGACUUUCUGGCAGAGUAUCUCUUCCAGAAAAACCCACAAGUGGAAUAAACUCAAUAAAACAUUGUCCAGCAAAAAUAUUACAUAAUGAAUCAAGAGAUUCAAAAUAAUUGUGAAAAAAAGUACAUACUGUGUUUUGAUUUGAUGGGUUCUCAUUAAAAAGAAAUACUUUCUA